CCUGGCCCGCCCGCAGAGUGUAACCUUGUCUCACCUGCUUCUACCCAACAGGCUUUUCUUCUGCUCUCCAGCUCGAGCUUGGAUUUCACCUUCUACUGGUUCUCACAGUCGCCGUCAUGAGUGGCCUCGUCAAACGCACGUCGUCGGACGUCGAGAAGACGGACAUGGGCUACGAUGCCAAAACCGGCGGAAUCAACGAUGCCGGCUCUGUCCACAUCGCCGGUCUUGAGACCAGCCCCGAGACGUCGCUUCACCGCGGUCUCAAGGCCCGUCACAUCACCAUGAUUGCCAUCGGAGGUGCCAUCGGUACAGGUCUGAUCAUCGGUACCGGCAAGGCUCUCGCCCAAGCUGGUCCUGGUUCCGUCUUCAUCUGCUACACUCUCAUCGGUUUCGUCGUCUUCCUCGUCAUGGCUGCUCUCGGUGAGAUGGCCGCUUGGUUGCCCAUCUCUGCUGGUUUCACUGGUUAUGCUUCGCGCUUCUGUGACCCGUCUCUUGGUUUUGCCCUUGGCUGGACAUACUGGUUCAAAUACAUCAUCGUCACUCCCAAUCAAUUGACGGCUGCUGCCCUCGUCAUUCAGUAUUGGGUCGAUCGUGACACGGUCAACCCUGGUGUCUUUAUUGCCAUCUUCCUCGUCACCAUCAUCUGCAUCAACUACUUCGGUAUCCGGUUCUUCGGCGAGUUUGAAUUCUGGCUGUCCUCAUUCAAGGUCAUUACCAUUGUCGGCAUAAUCCUGUUCUCCUUCAUCCUGGUCCUCGGCGGUGGUCCCGACCACGACCGCAAGGGAUUCCGCUACUGGAAGGAUCCUGGCGCAUUCAAGCCUUACAUCAAGACCGGCGACGCUGGCAAGUUCCUUGGCUUCUGGUCAUGCAUGGUCAACGCCACCUUUGCCUACCUUGGUACUGAGCUUGUCGGUGUCACCGUCGCCGAGGCCCAGAACCCCCGCAAGACGAUCCCCCGCGCCAUCAAGCUCACCUUUUACCGAAUCCUCUUCUUCUACUGCCUCUCCGUCCUCCUCGUCGGCAUGCUCGUCCCCUACGACUCGGAUGAGCUUUCCUUUGCCACCAAACAAACCACCGGUGCUUCCGCCUCGCCCUUUGUCGUCGCUGCCGAUCUCGCCCACAUCAAGGUCCUCCCCCACAUCAUCAACGCGUGUAUCUGUGUCUUUGUCUUUUCCGCCUCCAACUCGGAUCUGUACAUUGCCAGCCGAACCCUCUAUGGUCUUGCGUCCAACGGCCAGGCUCCCGCCAUCUUCAAGCGCACCGACAAGCGUGGUGUCCCCAUCUAUGCCCUCGGUUUCUCUGCCAUCUUCGCUUGUCUGGCUUUCAUGAACGUCUCCAGUGACUCCCAAAAGGUCUUUGGCUACUUUGUCAACCUCACCACCAUCUUUGGUCUCCUGACCUGGAUCUCCAUCCUCGUCACCCACAUCUACUGGUGCAGGGCUCGCAAGGCUCAGAACAUCGCUGAUGAAGUCCUACCAUAUGUCGCUCCUCUCGGCAUCUGGGGCUCAUAUGGUGCCCUUUUCAUGUGCGUUCUUGUCGCCCUCACCAAGAACUACGACGUCUUUGUCGGUGGCGACUUUGGCAACGAAAAGUACAAGACCUUCAUCACGGGAUACCUUGGUAUUCCCAUCUACCUGGCCCUCAUCUUUGGCCACAAGUUCAUCCUGAAGACCCGCGGCCACAAGCCCCAUGAAGUUGACUUUUACACUGGCAAGGAUAUCAUUGACAACGAGGAGAACGAGUUCCUGGCUCGCAAGGCUGCCCUUAGAGAGGCCGAGGGCCCCAGCCGUGGUGGUUGGUUCUACAAGACCUUCCUCUCCUGGUUGUUUUAAAUGGAUUGGCC